AUGUGCCUAUUCUGCUGUUUUUCUUAUUUUCUUAUUAUUAUUUACUUUUUCCUCUAUUAUAUUUUAUUUUUCGUCUUAAUUUUCUUUUUCUAUUUAUCUGCGUUUUGUCUACUUUUUACUUUUCUUCUUUUCUUCUAUUUUAUUUCUUCUUUUCUUCUCCUGCAUUUUUCAUGUUUUUUUUCUUUCUUCUUUUUACUAUUAUUUAUUAUUCUGUUUUCUUCCUUUUUCCUUCCUUUAUUUUAUGUUUCUUUUCUUCUUCUAUUUUCUAUUUUACAUCUUUUUUUUUCUAUUUCAUUUUUUCCAUUUCGCUUAUUCUUUUCUUAUUCUUACACUGUACUUUUUAUUUUGGCUUCUAUUUUCUAUUUCAUCUUUUAUUUUUCCUCUACUUUCCUUGAUUUAUUUUUCUAUUUUUCUUAUUUUCUUCAUAUCAUUUACGUUUUCUUUCCCACUCAUUAUUCUUUUUCUGCUAUAUUCAUCUUCUCUUCCUUUUUCUUUAUUUCCGGCUUCCAUUUUCUUCUUCGUCUCCUAUUUUACUUAGUCUUUUCUUGUUAUUUAUAUUUUUCAUUUUCUCCGAUUUUCUUCUAA